AUGAAUAAUCUAGUUAGAAUUCAAGGCACAGUUAUUGAAGUUAAGCCAGCGAAAACAGUAGCCGAAAAGACCGCCUUGGUCUCCGAAAAGGUUGCCGAAGUAGCCGAAAAUGUAGCUUACUAUGCCAAAUUAGGAGCCGAAAAAGCCAAAGCCGGAGCCAAAAAGUUUAAAAACUUUAACGAAGCAAUCGAGCAAAAAGCCCGCGAAACCAAAAUAGAGUAUCAACAGGCUAUCCGCAAAGAAGAAUUUCGCCAAAUCAACCAAGAGAUUAUUGAUGGUUCCGAAAACUAUAACCCGCAAUUAGUGGAAAGAACUGAUACAGAAUUGAUGGAUUGA